AUUCAACUCAUUGUGAGAUUCAAGAUACUACAUCGAAAAAUAGCAGGAUUGAAAAAUGGCAUUACAUACGCAGAAACGAUGAAAAAGCCUUUCGUUAAGGAUAAAGAUAUUACCGCACGUACAGAGAAUCAUGAUAUUGGUUUGAAUGUAUCAUUACCGCAGGUAUCGCUUCGUGAUUCAGGAACGCAAUACACUUCGAAAAAAUUGCAAGAUAUAGGCGUCGUAACUGAUUGCAGUUUUGAGGAAAAGAUAAGCGUUGCCACUCAAAAUCGCGAGCCUAUUUUCAUUCGCGUUAUCAAGUCUAAUCAUAGUGAAGAUAUUCUAAAAUUGGAUAAGGAGACAUGCGUUCGCGAUGCCCACAUUCUACGAAUGAUGAGGAUCGAGAAGUGCUCAAAAAACAGAUAUCAGAAGUACUCGGUUCGAGAAUAUGAUGAAGAGUUGCAUCCUGGAAUUUAUCAUUUAUGCGAGAGAGAAGUGAAUUGCAUAGAUUAUUAUAUGUCCCUAUUGUCAAAUGGAAUUUAUGGAUACAGUAAAAGUUUAUUGUCACGCAAUUAUGACUGGACCAAAGCAAAUAUUCCAAACCUUGGAUUACCAUCGAAUCAAGGCGUCUCUAAAAUUCCAUUGUAUGCGAAAUCACGCAAGUAUACACGGAGGAUUGAUUUGUAUAAAAUGUCCUAGUCAAAUGUAUAAACAGUAUCUUUAAUUCGUGUUAAUGCAAUAUGAGAUUAUCAAAUGUGAGUCAUUUCAUACAAAUAAAUUUUAGCUCGACAAGUAGUAUCAAGAAUUCACAAAUUAGUAAUGCAGUAAUUUAACAGUAAUGUUAAUAAAAUUUUUCCUAAGUAUUUAUUACUUCUCUAAAUGGAAAAAAAUAUUAUACAAUGAAUAAAUAAAAAUAAUUCCAUUAAUUUAAGAUGCAUGCUACAAAUUGCUAAAAUGUAUUCUAAUAUGUAUUUAUAUAAUAAUAAAAGCUACAUAUUGUACUAUAAAUUUGGUAACAACUUGGUAAUAAAUUUCAAAAUUAGUUAUUGACAAGUUUUAUAUGAUUAUCAAAAUUGGCAAGAAGAAUACACUUUUGGUACUUGCUAAUUAAAUCAUAUAUCUUUUAUUGUUUUUAAUGAUAAUUUAAAUUAAAGAUAAAUAAUUCACAAACAUAACGUUGUUAUAAUUGGUAAUGAACAGCAAAAGUUUUUAUGUAUAUAUUUGAAAAAAAAAUUUUUAUUUAUUUAAAAGUGUAUUAUGAAAAAAA